AAAUUUUGAGAUUUUUUCCUGCCGCCGCCGUUGGGAGUUUUUUGGGUUUCUGAAUUUGAUCCGGGUAACUGUGCACAAGUCAGGUGACUUCUAUGCAGUUAUGCGGAGCCAAUCGGCACGGCGCUUUUUCGGCUCACACCUUCGCUCGUCUCGAGACCGCUCCGCACAAAAAGGCACCAGCAUCGCGACAGCAGCAGCCCAGAAGCAACCGCCACGACACGACAAUGCUGCGGACAUCUCACAUCAUCAGACGGGCGCCUGCGAUUAACAGGGUCAAGCGCCUGGCGCACCCUGCUCGUGCCUUCCGCGCCGCCGCGAGGGCUGCCUACGAGCAGGAGGAACCGCUCUACCCUGGUGCCCCGAUGCCAAAGUAUCCCGCGACCAGACUCGAGGAGAUGCCGGCUGAGUUGUUCACCAACUCUUUCAACAAGCAGACCCAGAGAGAUAUCAUUCAGGCAAAGAACAGAAAAGUUCGUGCUUUCACCGUCAACUUUGGUCCCCAGCAUCCCGCCGCUCACGGAGUGUUGCGUCUGAUUUUGGAAUUGCACGGUGAAGAGAUCAUUCGCUCGGAUCCCCACGUCGGUCUUUUGCACAGAGGAACCGAGAAGCUGAUAGAAUACAAGACGUAUCUUCAAGCUCUGCCCUACUUUGACCGUCUCGAUUACGUCUCGAUGAUGUCGAACGAGCAGGUCUUUGCGCUGGCGACCGAGAAGCUUCUCAACAUUGACAUUCCCGUCCGCGCCAAGUACAUCCGUGUUUUGUUCGCCGAGAUCUCGCGAGUCCUCAACCACUUGAUGUCGGUCCUUUCCCACGCUAUGGACGUCGGUGCCCUGACUCCCUUCUUGUGGGGUAUGGAGGAGCGAGAAAAGCUUAUGGAGUUUUACGAGCGCGUGUCUGGUGCUCGUCUCCAUGCCGCCUACGUCAGACCCGGUGGUGUCUCACAGGAUCUGCCGGCCGGUCUGCUGGAUGAUAUCUACAUGUGGGCGACCCAGUUUGGCGACAGAAUCGACGAAGUCGAGGAGCUGCUUACCGACAAUCGUAUCUGGAAGCUGCGAACAAUCGGUGUCGGCGUGAUGUCUGCCGAGGAGGUGCUCAACUACUCCUUCAGUGGUGUCAUGAUGCGCGGCUCCGGUGUCCUCUACGACUUGAGAAAGAACCAGCCCUACGAGGUCUACGACAAGAUUGACUUUGACGUCCCCGUCGGUGUCAACGGUGACUGCUACGACAGAUACCUGAUCAGAAUGGCCGAGUUCCGACAAUCGCUUCGCAUCAUCCUCCAGUGCUUGAACGACAUGCCCGCCGGCCCCGUCAAGGUCGAGGACUUCAAGAUCAGCCCUCCUCCCCGCAACAUGAUGAAGGAAGACAUGGAGAGCUUGAUCCACCACUUCUUGCUCUUCACCAAGGGCUACUGCGUCCCUGCCGGUGAGACCUACACCGCUAUCGAGGCGCCCAAGGGUGAGAUGGGUGUCUACGUCGUCUCCGACGGCACCGAGCGACCAUACCGAUGCAAGAUCCGCGCCCCGGGAUUCGCGCAUCUCGGUGGCUUCGACCAGAUCGCGCGUGGUCACUUCCUUCCUGAUGCUGUUGCCAUCAUCGGAACCAUGGACCUUGUGUUUGGAGAGGUCGAUCGUUAAGUAGUCAUGAGAGAAGUAGAGCACCCUCUCUUCUUUCCAUUAUCCACUCAGCUGACGUAGUAUGACGAACGGCGUCAUUCAGCUGCUCAUUAUUUUAAAAUUUCCAAUUUAUAUUUCAUUUUUAUUUUUUCUAGAUUUCCUAUUUCCUAUUCAUACGUGCGAGUUUUUUUUUGCUUUUUUAUUGAUUUGAUUUGAUUUGUUUGUCUUGAUUUGCUUUGAUUUCUAAAGCUGGGCGGAAAGGACUGACGAUGUUCAUGUGUUUUUUGUGGAUUUAAUAGAAGAACUGAACAUAUUUUAUAAGAAAUUGUAGAUUUGCGUAAAUGUGUGGGUAGUUGGCAGAUUUAUAUUCUCAGUGGGUUGA